AGUGUUUAGUUGCUCACACGCUGCUGUUUCCAGAGGGUUACCCAGUCAGGCUGACAGCCGCUCUCUCCUGAAUCAAAGGGAGGCAAACUCAAGCACAGCUUAUUUUGGCAGCAGUUGUUAAGCAUCUUUGCAAGUGCCCUGGCCGUGCUCAGUUCAUGAUGAUUCAAAGCAAGGGACUGGCUUACAAGGUGUAAAUUGGGAGCCUGCACACCUCCACUUUAUAAGGGGUUUUUUAAUAAAAAAAAAACUCCUCUUCAAACUGUAUUUCUUUAAGAAGAUGGGAAAUUCUUAUGCUGGGCAGCUGAAGACGACACGCUUUGAAGAAGUGCUCCAUAAUUCUAUUGAAGCCUCUCUCCGGUCAAAUAAUUUAGUUCCCAGGCCAGUUUUUUCACAGCUAUAUUUAGAAGCUGAACAACAGCUUUCAUCUCUAGAAGCAGGCAAUAGAGCUGAUAAUGAAGAAGAGGAGGAGGAAGAAGAGGAAGAGGAGGAGGGUUCAGAAUCAAAUAGCCCCCCUGUCACUUAUCAGAUGAAACCACCUCCUGAAGGCUGUUGUACUACUGAUGGUUUCUGCCAGGCUGGUAAAGACUUGAGGCUAGCAUCUAUUUCAAACGAACAAAUUGAAGUGCCUUCCGGAUUUUUGCUUGUUGGUGCAAAGUCACCCAACAUACCUGAUCACCUAUUGGUGUGUGCUGUAGAUAAAAGAUUCUUGCCUGAUGACCAUGGCCGCAAUGCCUUGCUAGGUUUCUCUGGCAAUUGUGUCGGCUGUGGCAAGAAAGGUUUCUGCUACUUUACCGAGUUUUCCAAUCACAUCAAUCUUAAGCUGACCACUCAGCCCAAGAAACAGAAACACUUAAAGUAUUAUCUGGUCAGGAAUGCACAGGGAACUCUUACCAAAGGAUCUGCAAUUUGCUGGAAGGGGGCAGAGUUCAGAACCCGGCAAUGCUCAUCCAAUACUUGUUCCAACACAUUAUUCCCACCUCCAGAGAAUACAGGCUCCCCAGCUACUGUCACAAAUGAGCCUGUUUUAGCAGCACAUCCAGUUGCUCAAGCUGGGAUGCAUCAGAUGGCACCUGAUCAUCUCCCAUCAGUUGCAUGCCAAGCAGUCUACAAUGGAAAAGACUCUCCUCAGCAACACUCGGUGAAAAGUGGUUUAUCUUCCAUGACAAGGCCACAAGUAUUAGGCACUUUAACAAACCCAGGACCACCUAAAAAACGCCACAAAGGAUGGUCACCGGAAUCCCCAUCUUCCAACGAAGCCUGGAAUUUACAGCCCAACCCACAAAUUGCAAACAGAAGUAAAAAUGAUGGAGGAGGAGGAGGAGGAGGCUUAUCCUGUUUACCUCAUGCUGCCAUGCUAGGACCAGCGUCUUCUCCGGUGGUGGCCUCUGGAGAGCCAGUUUCAAUUCCUGAUAACUUACUUCAAAUAUAUAAAGCAAAGCCUGUCAUAUUUAAAGGGCAUGGAAACUUUCCUUAUCUUUGUGGGAACCUUAAUGAUGUCAUAGUGAGUCCUCUUUUAUAUACAUGUUACAAAAAUGCACAGUCUAUUUCUAGAGCUUAUGAACAAUAUGGAGCCUCUACAAUGCAACCUAUUUCAGAGGAAAUGCAACUCUUACUAACAGUCUAUUACCUUGUUCAACUUGCUUCAGACCAGGUACCUUUGAUUGAAGACUUGGAGCAGAUUUUCAUGCGUUCAUGGCGGGAAUCUCAUCUUUCGGAAAUCCGUCAGUAUCAACAAGCCAUUCCACAAGCUUUUCCCCAGGUUCCUGGCCCAAUUGCCCCAGUGACAUCAGCUCAGCUUCCCUGGCUAGCAGGACUAGCAGCCAGCUCAUGUAAUGACAGCGUUCACAUCAUUGAGUGCAACUAUUCUUUAGCAGAGGGGCUCUCAGAAAUGUUUAAGAUGCUCAUUGAGGGAAAGCUAGUGAAGACCAACUAUGUGGUGAUCAUAUGCGCUGGUAGGAACAGAACCAUUGAUUCUUGCAUUGCUGUAACAGGGAAAUACCAAGCAAGAAUACUAUCCGAAAGUAUGCUCACUCCAGCAGAAUACCAGAAAGAAGUUAAUUAUGAACUAAUUACUGGGAAAGCAGAAGCUCUGGGGGCCUUCUUCAGUUCUCUCUGUCCAGAUGGUGACACUGAUGUUUUGUUGGACAAAUUUUAUCAAGAAAACCGAUCCCACAUUUUGCCGUCUCUCUCUGCUGCAGCGAAUAAACAAGCAGCACUGGAUGCAUCUGGAACGGCUGUAUGUACAAGUUAUCACAUUGAGCGGCAUCAGAUCCGCCCUUUCCAGCUUGCAGUGGCUCAGAAAUUGCUCUCUCAUGUUUGCUCCAUUGCAGACUCCAGCACUCAAAAUCUUGAUCUGGGCUCCUUUGAGAAAGUGGAUUUCCUCAUAUGUGUUCCUCCUUCAGAAGUGACAUAUCAGCAGACCCUGUUCCACCUUUGGCAAUCAGGUGUUUUAUUAGAACUUGGGCUGGAGAAAGAACAUCUUACAAGGCAGAGGGUGGAACAAUAUGUGGUGAAAGUUGAUGCUGAAGCCCAGACAAAAUUUAAAGCAUUUUUACAAAACUCUAUGCAGAAUCCACACACACUCUUUGUACUAAUUCAUGACCAUGCUCACUGGGAUCUUGUGAGUGCCGUUCAUAGCCUUUAUCCCCAGUCAGAUCCAGCCAUGGGAUAUGUGGACAGACUGCUCAACUGCAGAGAGGUCAAAGAGGCUCCAAAUAUUGUGACGCUUCAUGUGACUUCCUUCCCUUAUGCCCUGCAAACGCAGUACACCCGCAUCAGCCCUUAUAAUGAAAUCCACUGGCCUUCACUAUACAACAAUGGUGCAGAGUUGUACAAUGAAAACAAGAAGUAUUAUGGUUUGUCUGAAUUUAUUGAAUCUACUCUUUCUGGACAUAGCCUUCCAUUGCUCCGUUACGACAGUUCUUUUGAAGCGAUGGUCAUGGCUUUGGGGAAAAGGUUUCCCAGACUGCACAGUGCAGUGAUAAGGACAUUUGUCCUUGUUCAGCACUAUUCUGCAGCCAUGAUGGCAGUAUGUGGCUUGUCCCAGAUGAAAAACUACACAACUGUUGAAACUCUAGAAAUCACCCAGAAUCUCAUCAAUUCUUCACGGCAAUGCCCCAGCGGACAUGGGCUGAUGGUGGUCUUAAGGAUUCCCUGCAUCCCCCUGGCAACGGUGGCUUAUGAACGUCUCAGCCAUGUGAGGGAAAGGCUUGCCCUUGAAGACCAUUUUGAAAUCAUCUUGGGCAACCCCAACUCUGGCAUCAACAUAGGGAAGCACUUUGUGGAGCAACUCAAGAUCUGGCAGAAAAUCGAAGAUGAUGAAUGGAGACCCCAGACGUACUUGGAAUUAGAGGGCCUACCUUGCAUAUUGAUCUUUAGUGGCAUGGACCCCCAAGGAGAGUCUCUCCCAAGGUCCUUGAGAUACUGUGACCUGCGUUUGAUCAAUUCCUCUUGCUUGGUACGAACAGCCUUGGAGCAAGAGCUUGGCUUGGCAGCUUAUUUCAUCAGUUCCGAAAUCUCUGUGGAGAAAGUGGCUCCACCCAAUGAUGUCCUGGAGAGUGAUCCAGAGAAGCUGAGCAGUACUGAUAAUGAAGAUGAAGAAACAGCAAUAGAAGGAUCAGCUUCAGAAAAGAGAAGUCCGGUCAAAAGGGAAAGGUCAGGUUCACAUGAUUCUGGAGCAUCCUCCAUCUCUUCUAAAGCACCAAGCACAGCAAGCUGCAGUGAAUCAUCUCCUCCUCUAGUAGCUGCAGGGGAGGUUGGCAAGUCACCCCAUAAGGUCCUAAGCAACAGUACUGAAGAAAUUGUGAAUAAAGCAGAAAAGCCCCAACAGAAAGUGGACAAAGAUUCAAAGGUGGCAGCUAAACUGGCUCAAGCUUCCAUUGCAUCAUCAUCACCAUCCCCUUUCUCAUCUUCCUCGGCCUCUUCUGCACCUAGUCACAGUUCAUUUGUCCUGCAGGCAUCUCAUUGUUCCAUGGCUAAAGCCUCCCAGCAGCCUCCCAUAGUUUACUUGCCUAAACUGGUGUAUGAUAUUGUGACCUCUGCAGACAGCACAGGGCUUUCCAAAUCAUCAUCUCUCUUGCCUUACCAUUCGGUAAUGUGGGCAAGUUCCUUCCGCCCUCUCAUGAGUAAAAUGAUGACCUGCACAGAGCAGUCUCUAUAUUAUCGUCAGUGGACAGUGCCCAAACCCAUCCACAUGGACUACAACAACAGGAAUGAAGGCAGGAUGGACACCUUUCACCCACGGAGGCUGCUGCUGAGUGGACCACCACAGAUAGGGAAGACAGGUGCUUACUUACAGUUCCUCAGUAUCUUGUCCAGAAUGCUAAUUCGAUUGACUGAAGUAGAUGUUUAUAACGAGGAGGAGAUCAAUACUGAGCUUAAAAGAGAGUCAGAUCCAUGUUACCACCAGCCAGGAGAUGCAUGGCCUGAUCUAGACACAUUUAAAAAGAUUCCUUUUGACUAUACUAUCCAUGACCCAAAAUAUGAGGAUGCGAGUCUCAUUUGUUCAAGAAGCCAGAAAACAAAGAGCGAAGAUAGAUCAACAAACAGAAAGCAAGAGGACUUGUAUAUGCAUCGCCAGACAACUCGGAUGAGGUUAUCAAAAUACGCUGCUUACAACACUUAUCAUCAUUGUGAACAGUGUCAUCAGUAUAUGGGCUUUAACCCCAGGUACCAGCUUUAUGAAUCCACCUUGCAUGCUUUCGCCUUUUCCUAUUCGAUGCUUGGAGAGGAGAUUCAGCUUCACUUUAUCAUCCCCAAGUCGAAGGAACACCAUUUUGUCUUUAGCCAUCCAGGAAGACAGCUGGAGAGUAUGAGAUUGCCUCUUGUUACAGAUAAGAAUAAUGACUACAUAAAGAGCCCUACUUUUACUCCUACAACUGGACGCCAUGAACAUGGACUUUUUAAUCUAUACCAUGCGAUGGAUGGGGCCAGCCAUUUGCAUGUUCUGGUUGUCAAAGAAUAUGAAAUGGCAAUCUAUAAAAAAUAUUGGCCCAAUCACAUCAUGCUUGUUCUGCCAAGCAUUUUCAACAGUGCUGGAGUAGGUGCUGCUCACUUCCUGAUAAAAGAGCUAUCUUAUCAUAAUCUGGAGCUUGAGCGAAAUCGGCAAGAGGAGCUAGGGAUUAAACCCCAAGAUAUCUGGCCUUUCAUUAUCAUUUCUGAUGAUUCCUGCGUAAUGUGGAACACCGUAGAAAUUGAUUGUCCUGGGGACAGGAAAAACGAAUACACUUGGACAGAAAGGAACAUUUCCCUGAAGCAAAUUCUUCAGCAUAUUGAAUCUACGCCUAAUGUCACCCACUAUGCCUUGAUUGGGAUGAGGAAGUGGUCAAGUAAAACCAAUAGUGGAGAACUCAAGGAGCCUUUCUCUUGUUGCCACGUUCAUGACUUUGUCAUACUGAAUGUAGACCUCACACAGAACGUGCAGUAUAACCAGAACAGAUUUAUGUGUGAUGAUGUGGACUUCAACCUGCGUGCCCAUAGUGCAGGCUUACUAAUUUGUAGGUUUAAUAGGUUCAGCGUCAUGAAGAAGCAAAUUGCAGUGGGUGGACAAAGAUCCUUUCAUAUUAAGUCAAAGGUCUCAGAUAACCCUGUUACUAUUGCCCCGGCUCAAUAUAUAUGUGCCCCAGACAGUAAACACACAUUCUUGGCUGCUCCUGCUCAGUUGCUGCUUGAAAAAUACCUCCAGUACCACAGUCAUCGCUUCUUCCCUCUCUCAGUGAAGAACUAUAGCCACCCGGUGCUAUCUGUGGACUGUUAUCUUAAUUUAGGACCACAGAUUGCAGUUUGCUAUGUCAGCUCCCGACCACAUUCUCUGAAUGUUAGCUGUUCUGAUAUGAUAUUUAGUGGACUCCUGCUAUACCUUUGUGAUUCCUUUGUGGUAGCCAGUUUCUUGAAGAAGUUCCAUUUCCUGAAAGGUGCCACUUUAUGUGUCAUUUGCCAAGACAGGAAUUCCCUGCGUCAGACCGUUGUCCGGCUAGAAUUGGAAGACGAGUGGCAAUUCCGACUAAGAGAUGAAUUCCAAACAGCCAAUGCCAAAGAAGACAAGCCCCUUUUCUUUCUGACUGGACGGCAUAUUUGAUGGGAGACAAUCAGAAAAAUUAAUUCUGAUUGAAUAAAGAACUUGCCGACAGGCAAAAGGACAAAAAGAAAAGACUGUAAUAUUCAGACAAAGUUCUCAGAACUAUGAUGUAGAACAUAAAUUUAGGCAAAUCUUGAAUACUUGUAUUAAAAUUGUAUUUUAUUUUAUCAGUUUAUGUUUAUAAUUGUAGACAUUUUUUGUAACUUUUAUAUAAUUUAAUGAAUUUGAAGAGGUAACGCUUGAUGUAUUUGGAUGGGUGGGUGGGGUAGAAGAUGCCUUUCAUUCUUAUUGUGGUUGAAAUGUCCCCUCUCCUGCCUUUGUGUAUGUGUGUGUAUGUUGUAUAUAUUAUACAAACUUUUUUCCAAA